AUGGCAGUUUUUUUUCAAAAAGUGUGGGCAGCAGCGUUUUUCGUCAUCAUAUGGACGGUGUGGAAGGAGCGAAAUCACAGAAUUUUCAGAGAGUCAUCAUCUUCAUUCGAGGACCUUCAUGACCUAAUUCUUUUAAGAUUAGGAUGGUGGAUAAGAGGCUGGGACGUUGGUUUUCCUUAUUCUCCAACUGAGAUUCAAAGGAAUCCACAUUGCUUGAAAGGGAAUGUGGAUGAAAGAAUGGCGAGAUCGGCAAUCUCAAAACCAUCAUAUAUGCCGUGGUCCCCUCCUAUGCACGGAGUGCUUAAAUGGAAUGUGGAUGCCUCUGUAAUGGAGUUAAGUGCAAGCUCAGCUGUAGGCGGAAUUUUGAGAGAUCAUCAAGGUAAAUUCAUGUGCCUCUUCUCAUCUCCUAUACCAUUUAUUGAGAUCAAUUGUGCAGAGAUUCUUGCUAUACAUAGAGCCAUAUCAAUUUCCAUAAACAGUGAGAUCACGAAGCAAUCCACUCUUCUUCUUGAAUCCGAUUCGGCAAAUGCUGUAAUGUGGUGUAAUAGCGAAUACGGAGGACCAUGGAACAUGAACCACCAGUUAAACUUCAUAAGGCAUGCUCGCAGGAUUGUGUUGAACAUCUCAAUAAUUCACAAAGGGAGAAGCUCAAAUUUUGUCGCAGACUCACUCGCAAAGCAAGGAUCACAUCGUCGGUCCGAGUUUAUUGCCUGGAUGUAG